AUGUUACAGGCCAAUCAAUAUCGCUUUCCUCUGAUCUAUCACAUCACACUGGAUAUCCUGCCUGUGCAAGCUUCUGCUGUCCCGUGCGAGCACGUCUUCUCAUCGAGCAAGGAGAUGGAUACUCUCCAAAGGAUUAAUUUGUCCCCCGAAGUGAUGGAAAGGCUUCAAAUUCUGAAGCAUUUGUAUCUGCGGCAGUGUGGUGAGAGGCGGCAGGCUGGCUUCCGAGGGUGA